CCCUCCCCACGCUGGCUCCUGAUAGGCGACCAAGGCUGUCCGUUUCGACAGCGUACUGUGCGCAGGCGCGGAAAGGGAUCGGGGCUGGGCGGAGCGCCGGCGACGCGGAACUACCGAAUCGGUCCGAGAUGGCAGAGGUAGAGGAGACACUGAAGCGACUUCAGAGCCAGAAGGGAGUGCAGGGAAUCAUCGUGGUGAACACAGAAGGCAUUCCUAUCAAGAGCACCAUGGACAAUCCCACCACCACACAGUACGCCAACCUCAUGCACAACUUCAUCUUGAAGGCCCGGAGUACCGUGCGUGAAAUUGACCCCCAGAAUGAUCUCACCUUCCUUCGAAUUCGCUCCAAGAAAAAUGAAAUUAUGGUUGCACCAGAUAAAGACUAUUUCCUGAUUGUGAUUCAGAACCCAACAGAAUAAGCCACUCACUUGGCUCCCUGCAUCAUUCCUUAAUUUAAUGCCUCCCAAGAAUAAUAGUGGUAAUCAUGUAGACCGGCCGGCCUGUGGAAACUACCUUCGAGCCCACUCAGGCCGAUCCAGUGACCCGCGUGGGCUGCAGCCCCGCCUAUCCCGCCAAAGCUGUCCCUCUGCUGCCAGUGUCCCUGAGUUCCCGGGAGGGUCCUUUCCUCCAAGUUUGGAGCAGGAGCCUGUGAGAAGCCUACACCUGUUUCCUCCUGACCUACAGUUCACUUUGUCACCCUUGGACAAGGCUGUUUUUCUUUAACUAAAAAUAGUUGAAAUGCUUA